AUGCAAGGUAUUGGGGGUAGUGGACUGUACUCACUUACUUUUAUCAUUUUUCCUGAGAUUAGUACGCCAGAGAUGAGUCAGGUUAUUGGCGCUGCUGCGGGUGCUGUUGCGAGUAAGUAUUUCCAUGUCGCCUGGAUAUUGGAGUUUGCUUUUCCUCCUUCAAGAUUUGGAAGCUUAUUAACUCGUGUAUUCAGUGGCUGGCAUUCUUGGACCGGUACUUGGUGGUGUCAUUACACAUUACACUACAUGGCGAUGGAUAUUCUGGAUUAAGUAAGUCUAAAGUCAAGCUCAACCUUUUCUGAUAGAGUACUAAACAAGACCCAGUGGUCCAAUUGGGAUCAUCCCGCUAAUAGUAUUCAUAAUCGCCUGGCCAAAACCUCACCAAAUAAUACAUGCCCCACGACGAUCAUGGAAACAACUCGACCUAAUUGGCGCCGUCCUCGUAAUCGCAGCCUCCGUAUGUGUGGUAUUCGCCUUCCAACAAGGCGGUAUCAUGCCUGACUCUUGGAACAAACCAAUUUUCAUCGUUCCUUUAGUAAUUGGCUGUCUAUGUUAUGUCCUUCUCUUCUGCUGGGAAGUGGCUGUUGCAAAGUACUGGGCAGGAUCAUUCGCCACGAUGUUUCCACUUCACUUAAUCAAACAUCGUGUAUAUAUGGGCUAUGUCCUUGUGACGCUCAUCGGAGGAUUUCCAUACUUCAUGUUCAUUUACACACUACCUCUGCGCUUACAGGUCGUCAAUGAAAAUAGCCAACUAGUCGCAGGAUUGGCGCUGUUACCAAUGGUGGGAGCCGUAGCAGUGUUCAGUUCAGCAGCAGCAAUCAUCAAUACGAAGAAGAAUCUGAUUUUCGAGACUCUUCUCACGGGUGCUCUCUUUUCAGUUCUGUGGACUGCGUUACUUUCGACUUUGAAGAACGUUCCGUGGAUUGAGGGAAAGAUGUAUGGAUUUCAGGUCUUCAUCGGGAUUGGGUUCGGAUUGAUGGUUUCUACUACUUCUCUAGGUGGUGGCUUGGAGCGUGAACUCAAAGAUACCAGUAAGCUCUCCCUCCUUUGCUUUCCCAUCCCAUCAUAAGCAUAGCAAGAGAAAUUAACAAGCAUAUAGCCGUCGCACAAGGAAUCAUAGCCCAGGUCCGUGUCCUAGGAGGUUCCAUUGGAAUCGCGGCCACAACAGCAAUCAUGGGCACAACACUUCGCCGAGAUCUCGCAAAGUAUCCGCAUCUCGCUGGCACGGAGGGUCAAGCAGAGAGAGUUGAGGUGGUCAACGCUGAUGCCUUCAGACAGAGUAUGCAAGUCUGUGCAGCGAUUACAGGGGUGGGUGUUUUGGCUACGUUUUUGGUUUGGAGGAAGGAGAGGAUUGGGUAUACGGAGAGGAGAAGGCAGCAGAUGGAAAAUGCUCAGAAGUUGAGGAGGCAGGAGGGAGAAGUGGAAAAGGUUGGGAAGGUGUAGAAGUUAGGAUUCGUUACUUAGAUAAUGUUAAUAGUUGAUACCCAUCUU